AUGUUCACGAGCAAAAAAAUCCGACGACGUUCCACCGCACAUACUGAAUUGGGCGCGAAAUUUAAAUUUGAAAACACUUCAAAAUCAUUUUCGCGGUGUGCGCGCCGUGGUUGUUUGAAGUGGUCUAAAAGGAGACCUUCUCCUAAGAUCCACAGUCAGCUAAUGGGCCAAUGGAUAUCUUCGAAAUUGGACUACUCCAUUGUUUCUGAGGAGAAUUCAGCGGAUUUGUUUUCUGGUACACCAACCAGCGGCAAACGAGUACUCACCAUCGAUCCACGAUCUCCAACUGCUGAUAUAAACAGAACCCCUAUUGAGAUCACUAGCACUCCAAAAACGAGUGGAGGAUCAUGGAUAAGCGGAGGAAAGAAGCUGACUCUUGAAGCUUUUCUGAAGCUCCGUUCCUUCCAUUACUUCAAGUGUUUCAAGUAG